UAUUGAAUAUUUGUGCUAAGAAAACUUCAUAAAAGUUUCUGGGAAAAGAAUGGCUUCAAAGGGUUUAAGAAUUGCUUCUGUUAUUUUGAGAAUCUUAACCUUUAUUUUUAUAUUUAUUUCUCUCUUAAUUGUUGCUACCAACACAAAAACUGUUUACAAAUAUACUGUUAAUGAACACAAAGUUAAGUUCAGUGAUGUAAAUUCGUAUCGGUAUGUGGUAGCAGCUACUGUUAUAGGAGGUGCUUUAUGUCUCCUUCAAAUUGCUUUCAACAUUUACCAUCUUGUUACUAAAGCCGAGGGAACUCCUCUUUUCUAUAUGUUCAGCGAUCAGUUGUUAACGUACCUUCUAUUAUCGGCCGCAUCGGCGGGAUUAGGAUCGGGGAUCGACUUGAGAGCAAAUAUUAAAGUGCUGGUUGAUGGCGAUGAUUACAGCUCAUUUUUUGACAAAGGCAAUGCUGGAUCUGCUAUUCUUUUCCUUGCCUUUAUCUGUUCUGCCAUUGUUUCAGUUCUCUCUUCUUUGGCUCUCAUUAAAAAGCCUGUUUGAUUCAUAAUAAGUUAGAAUUCAAAUUGUUUAAUUGUGUUAGACUUUUGUUUAAUUGUGUUAGACUUCUUUUCUUUUUUAUUUGAAGUGUUGAUGGAAGUGCAUUUAUUGGCUUGCGUGUAUUUAUGUAUCCUCCUCUUUAGUAGUUGAUGUAUUACCUUUCAAAUCAACAACGUUCUUAAUGUCUCAUAA